UGACAAAUGCGACCUCCGUCACUCAGUAACAAUACAACUUCCCCUUAAAGGACGUAACUUAUAAAAAGGAGACGUGCUUGUAAUGUUCUGAAUAGUGAUGUUGUAAAAAAAAAAACGUCUGGACGUCGCCACCAAACUUCGAGAAAGCCUCAUUAAUCUGUCAGCAAUACAUUUUAUUAUUUAAUCGGCUAUGGAUCCACCUGAAAGUUCAGUGAACCGCAUUGGUCGCACUAUUUGGACGGUUUGGGGUUAUCUGUCCGGGGCUGUUGCAAGAUAUCUCAGACCGGAAGUCACCGAUGAAGGAAACCAAGGUGUUCGUACCAGAACAGACGAUACUGAUUUGAAAAGUGCAGUAAACAAGAUUAAUAGAGAAGUAACGGAAGAUAAUAGCAACAAUGAAGGGAAGAAAACAAAUCAAAUUGACAGUGCAGAUGUAAAGUGUUCCCCAUCUAACGUCAGAGUGCAAGUGGCUUCUGUACAGUGGGAAAACACUGAUGUGGCCAAGGACGAACUUCAUGUUCACGCCACAAAAAAACAAACUUACCAUUGUGUAGUGUGGUCCACUGGGACUGAUACAGACAAUGAAAGACGCAUGGUUGAUGCACAAGUUGACAAAGAAACAGAUUCAUCCGAUGAGGUUCAGGCUGAAAAAGCAUAUGCAAAUAAUGAGUGUAAGGAGAGUGUAACUGCACACGAGCUGGAGGAAACUGGAAAGAUUGAACAAAAAUAUGGUGACAAUGAAGAUGAAGAAGAGCGUGAUCAGAAUCAUGAGGUUGAAAAGUGUGCAAAAAAUAGAAAAGAUGAAUGUAAGACAGACGUAAUGGUUCAAUUGGAGCAAGAUGUAGAACGGGAAAAGCAGAUAAACACGGCAGACCACGGAGAGACAGAACAUGCAGAUGAACAGCUUAUUGAAGAAAAGGAGAACAAUUUAGACCAGGAGAAUCAGGAGAAAACUGAGAAUGAUGAAGAACAUGGACUUGAAUCACAAGUUCAAGAUCUGCAGAAGAGUGAAGAUCCAGAUAACACAGACAUUGUGGUCCAAUGUGAGCAAGAUGUAGAACAGGAAAAACAGAUAAACACAGUGGACCAUGAAGAUACAGAAGGCAUUGCAGGUUUUAAACAUGCAGAUGAACAUCUUUUUAAUGAAACAGAGGAACAAAUUGUUGACCAGAAGGAUCAGGAGAAAACUGAGAAUGAUGAAGAACAAGGAACUGAAUCACAAGUGCAAGAAUUGCUACAUUUAACAAAAUAUUCUGAUGAAAUUUCUAACGUCUAUAAAAACGAUGUUGAGGAGAUGAUGUCUGAAACUAGAAGUGAGACUGAGCAGGAUAAGGAGAAUGAAACGGUACAGAACUUGGAAGAAAUUGGGCAGCUUGAACAAAAUGAUGGUGACAGUGAAGAUGAAGAAGAAUGUGAUCAGAAUCCUGAGGAUGAAGAGUGUGCAAUGGAAAGUGAAGAUCUGGAUAACGCAGACGUAAUGAUCCAAUCUGAGCUUCAUGGAGAAGAUGUAGAACAAGAAAUGCAGAUAAUCAUGAUGGACUAUGAGGAGAAAGAAGGCAUUGGAGGUUUUAAACAUUCAGAUGAUCAUCAUAUUGAUGAAAAGGAGAAACAAACUGUUGACCAGAUGGACCAGGAGAAAACUGAGAAUGAUGAAGAACAAGGAACUGAAUCACAAGUUCAAGAUCUGCGGAAGAGUGAAGAUCCAGAUAACACAAACAUAGUGGUCCAAUGUGAGCAAGAUGUAGAACAGGAAAAGCAGAUAAACAAUGAGUGUAAGGAGAGUGCAACUGAACACGAGCUGGAAGAAACUGGAAAGAUUGAACAAAAAUAUGGUGACAAUGAAGAUGAAGAAGAGCGUGAUCAGAAUCAUGAGGUUGAAAAGUGUGCAAGAAAUAGAAAAGAUGAAUGUAAGACAGACGUAAUGGUCCAAUUGGAGCAAGAUGUAGAACGGGAAAAGCAGAUAAACACGGUAGACCACGGAGAGACAGAACAUGCAGAUGAACAGCUUAUUGAAGAAAAGGAGAACAAUUUAGACCAGGAGAAUCAGGAGAAUGAUGAAGAACAAGUAUUUGAAUCACAAUUUCAAGAUCUGCAGAAGAGUGAAGAUCCAGAUAACACAGAUGUAAUGGUCCAAUCUGAGCUUUAUGGACAAGAUGUAGAACAAGACAAACUCAUAAAUUUGAUGGAUCAUGGAGAGAAAAGUGGCUUUGGAGGUUUGAAACAUUCAGAUGAACAUCCUAUUGAAGAAAAGGAGAACAAUUUAGACCAGGAGGAUCAGGAGAAAACUGAGAAUGAUGAAGAACAAGACCUUGAAUCACAAGUGCAAGAUCUGCGGAAGAGUGAAGAUCCAGAUAACACAGACAUUGUGGUCCAAUGUGAGCAAGAUGUAGAACAGGAAAAACAGAUAAAAGUGGACCAUGAAGAUACAGAAGGCAUUGCAGGUUUUAAACAUGCAGAUGAACAUCUUUUUGAUGAAACUGAGGAACAAAUUGUUGACCAGAAGGAUCAGGAGAAAACUGAGAAUGAUGAAGAACAAGGAACUGAAUCACAAGUGCAAGAUAUGCUUCCACAGCUGGAAUAUUUAACAAAAUAUUCCGAUGAACUUGCUUACAACUCUAAAAACGAUGUUGAGGAGAUGAUGUCUGAAACUAGAAGUGAGACUGAGCAGGAUAAGGAGAAUGAAACGGUACAGAACUUGGAAGAAAUUGGGCAGCUUGAACAAAAUGAUGGUGACAGUGAAGAUGUAGAAGAAUGUGAUCAGAAUCCUGAGGAUGAAGAGUGUGCAAUGGAAAGUGAAGAUCUGGAUAACGCAGACGUAAUGGUCCAAUCUGAGCUUCAUGGAGAAGAUGUAGAACAAGAAAUGCAGAUAAGCAUGAUGGAUCAUGGAGAGACAGGAGGCUUUGGAGGUUUUAAACAUUCAGAUGAUCAUCAUAUUGAUGAAAAGGAGAAACAAACUGUUGACCAGAUGGACCAGGAGAAAACUGAGAAUGAUGAAGAACAAGGAACUGAAUCACAAGUUCAAGAUGUGCUGCCACAGCAGGACUAUUUUCCAGACGAAGCCAAUGGCCUUGCAAAGCCUGAAAGGCUGAAAGUAAUGGAGAAAUAUUCUGAUGAAAUUGAUGAAUUCUCUAAAGAAGGGGUUGAGGAGGUGCAGCUUGAAACUGAGCAGGAUGAAGACACCACAGAAAGUGAACAAGACACGAUUAAAUAUGAAGUAAUGGAGUCAGUAGAAACCCUGCAGACAGUUUCUGAAGAACUAUCUGCAAAGAAAGUACCAAAUGUUGAACUGAAAAUGACCACAUUAGUGGAUGAGUUUUUAGAAACUGUUAAUAAUCCGAAACUGUCGGAUUCAAAACUGGAUACUUCAGAAAAUACUCCAGAAAUGGGAACUGGGUCAUCUGUGGUGGCCACGAAACCUGAAGGCAUGAUUUCAGAUCGAAUUGUUUGCGAGUUCCCAGGAGAAUUAAGGAAAGGGCCAGAGACUGAUUUGGGAUGUUUUGAGGAGGUCCAAACUACUCUACAUGAUCUCCAAACUCUUACAGAGGAGCAAGCAGAAAGGGAAGCUGUGGUCGUAUGCUCUGUUGAGCACUUGGAAACCAUGAGAACAGUUGAGACAAAAAAAGACAUUGAAACCUUAAUUGAAUCCUUAGGUUCAACAGAAAGUCAUGCACAUCAAGAAACAGACAAAACCACAUUCUCACACAAAGAACAUGUUGAACUAAGAACUGAACUGACUGAAGAAACAAUUGAUACAAAGAUCAGUUCAGAAGUUGAGGAAGCAGAACCCACAAUGAAAGAAGAUCAAUCAUCAGUGAUCAGAAAUGUCUCUUUACAGUCACAUGAGCUUCUUGAGUUCAAAGGUGAAUGCAAAUCAUCUGUUGGAACAAUGGACACAUUCAGUGAAUCAAGUGUGUCUGAAAUCGCUGGAACCGCAGAGAUUAAACAUCUCGCAGAGGAGCAAACAGAUGUGAAACCUGUAUUAACACUGUCUUUGAGUCCAGCAGAGUUUCUGGAGGAAACUGUUCAUCUGAAAGGAGUAUCAGAGCGAUGCACAGAAGAGCAGGAGAUCCUGGAGGCCGCUUUAGAGUAUGUAGAAGGAAUAACAAAUCAAGUCUUGAAGGAUAUGUUAGAAAGACAAGUGAACGUAGUACAAGAAACAGAACCUUUGGCAAGACCUUCAACAGAAGAACAUGGUGAUGCAGAAAAUAAAGGACCUGCACAAUGUGUAUCAGCUGAUGCCUUUGUCCUGGAAGAAGAAGGGAAGUCAUUGGGUGAGACGAUUGAGACUAAAGAGGAAAUGGAGGUGGAAACCACAAGUAAUGAAGUUCUUAAACAAACAGAGUGUGAAACCACUGAAACUGAUGGACGUCGUGAUCAGACACAGAAGGUCAUUGCUGGAGAAACAGUGUUGAGAAGUCAUGAAGACGUAAUGGAAGUCAGCAGACCUGGGAUGAAAAGAGGAUUUGAUCAAGUGAGCAAAGACCUUGCAGAGGUGAAGGCAAAAGGAAAAUUUGAUUUGUAUCUACAGGCAUUUGAGGAAUCAUCUUUGGACUUUACCAUUCAGAAGGCUCGAAUUGCUGUGAAGAAUCCCCUAGUUCGGCCUCCCAAAGACCCCAGAAGUCUCCUCUUCAAGGUCUCGGUCGAACCUCUCGUCUCACAGCCGUCACCACGUGGUCAGAAGAUCGAAGUCUCUGUUCCAAGUAAAGGGGUGACUGGAUUUAAACUUCCAGGACUGGGUGCAGGGCUGCCAGUACUGAGAAAAACUGAGUUUGGGAAGAAAGCAAGAGAAGGAGGAGCAGCAGAGAGAACACUACAAACACAGCAAGAGCCAGUUGCAGUAACAGAGGAUUCUGUCAAACAAGAGCAAGUGCCAGCUAAACCCAAAUGGACACCACCAAGGCAUCCUGGUAUGGGGAGUCCCUUCAUGAUGGCAGAACUCAAAAACAAACUCAAAAAACCUGUUCAGGAGUAAUAUAUUUCAUUUCAUCAUCAUUUUUAGAUGCAUUCUUCACCGGUUUUAUUUGUCUUAUUUAAGCACUAUGUAGCCUGGCAAAUAUUAUGGAAAGUUAUUCUACUGUUAUUAUUGCUGCCACACAACAUUUUAUUUUACUUUCGCUAUUUUGUUUGCUUCUAUCUAAGAAUCCAAGCUGCGAACAACAUUUAUAAUGCACUUUUCUUAAGACUGAGUAUUUAUUUAUAUUUGAAAAAAAAAAUGAGGAAAAUUAUUACAUGCUAUAUAUAUAAAAAAAAUUGCACUUUUUUGCAGCACUUAAACUUUCUGACUGUAGUUCAAACUGUCAUAGCCAUUGUUUAUCACUAGGAGGCAGCAGAGAAACACAGCUGGUCACGUAUGUCUUUUAGCCACUAGAGGGCAGAGGAGAGUCACUGGCUGUCAUACCACAUUUAGUUCUAUUUUAUCACUAUUAGUUAUUGUUAUAUUGUAUGUUUCUUUUUCUUGUCAUUACUUUCUAUGUGUAUAAUUAUUUUGCAAUAUUGGAUGUAAACAAUCAUGGCAAUAAAGUACUUUGAAUUGAAUAUA